AUGGAUCAUCAAACAGUCAAAAAGAAUGAUCGGCCCUUUAAGAGGAGCCGCAACGAAGUACGCACACUGCAGAUCGCAGCAAAACCUGAAGAGCCAUGGUUCCCUAAGAUCCUUGUUAUACAUUCUGAUGAUCAAGAAAAACCACUCUCCAAGAUAUCUCCCUUUCUUGUUGCAAAGACACUUGAACAGGCUAUCGGAAAGGCAUACAAUGCCAAGAAGCUUGGCUCGGGUGACAUCCAGGUCGAGAUCCAGAGCAGACAGCAGAGCUCGGCGCUAAUGUCCCUUGGAAAGAUUGGCCAGACUUUGGUCUCCGUCACCGCACAUCGUACUUUGAAUAUGGUGAAGGGGGUCAUCUCUGUGGAUGAGCUUCUGUCAUGUACAGAGUCUGAGAUUGAGGAGGGACUCAAAGAGCAAGGUGUCGUUAGUGCAAAAAGGAUAGUCCUACGAAGGGAUAACAAAGAGAUCCCCACAAAGCAUAUAAUUCUGACACUUCAACUUCAUGCUCUCCCACCGGAGAUAAAGGCCGGGUAUGUUAACUGUCGUAUCCGCCCGUACAUACCAAACCCUAAACGGUGUUUCAAGUGCCAACGUUUUGGCCACCAUUCCCAGGUUUGUCGUGGGCAGCUGGUCUGUCCGAAAUGUGCCAGUACCAACCACAGUCAAGAGUCGUGCGGCAACGCUUUCCAUUGUGUGAACUGCCAGGGCGAUCACUCUGCAUAUUCUAGAACUUGUCCACGUUUCAAAGAUGAAAAAGAAGUUCUCAAAAUAAAAACUGAACAAAAUUUGACCUUCAAAGCGGCACGUGCGCAGCUAGAUUUUCAAAGAAAAGGCACUUUUUCUGAGGUGGUGCGUAGGGGAGUCGCACCACCCAGAAAGUCGGUGGAGACCCAAACUGUUGGGCCUCCACUGCAGACUCCCCAUCAUGUUCCCACGGACACUCAGGUGUCCCCUUCAGUUUCCCUGACCAGCCAAAGUGCUGAGCAGGAAGAAGCAGCUGGCACCUCGAAGGAGGUUGGCAGCACGCUUUCGCUUUGGGAUGGGUUUGCUGAAAGCCCUUCCCAGAGUGUUGCACAGGACAUGGAGCUCGAUGGCGACGACUGCAUGUCGCAGAAGUCGUCAUCCAGCCUUCCAGGCAUGACCUCUCAGGUGAGAGAGCAAAGAGAAGAAAAGCUGGUGGCAGAGGAAGGGGGAAUAAACCCAGGGACAAAAGCAAACCGGCCCCUCCAAGAGUGCUACCUCCCUGAAUGCUCUUCUCUUACAAGAUGCCUAAGCAAAUCCCUACACGCACUCAAAUGA